AUGAAUGAUUCUAGGCAGCAAUCACUGUUUUUCAUCACACCUCCAGAUUUACACAAACUCUGUGCUGUCAGGAUAAUAUUGAGUAAUGAGGUGGCAGAUACUGAGAUUAGAAGUAUACAGAUGAAGAUGUGCAGGCAAUUGCUGUAUUUGCACCAAGAUAUUCUUACAUCACCUGUGCCUGGAAUAUUAAGCCAAAUUUGGGUAGUGAUGGCGAUACCAUUUUAUAAAGCUGGAAAACUUAAUGCCUAUAUUGAAAAAUAUGGAGCUAAGGUAGCGGCUCCACAAAGAGUAAUUCCUGUAAUUCUUCAAAACUGCCUUUCAUAUUCACUCACAGCUAAACUUGCUCCAGCCUGGAAUAAAACUGGCCAUCUCUUGGUGCAAGGGAGAGAAUUUCUUUCUCAGAUGGGAAAGCAAAGUGCUGUUGUAUUAGACAUCAGCGUAACCGAAACUCAAGUUUGUCUAAGUAUAGAAGCUUACACAAUCAGACUGCCAUUACCUGAGCUAAGAGAAUUUGGUAUUUCUCAGAGUAUUAUAAAGGAUUUUGAUACUGACAAGAAUGCUGUCAUUGAAGGACAUUCAAUUUUAAGCAACUGGUGCUACGUUUUGCCAAGUAUGAAAAGGGGACAAAUAAUAAGUAUUCUUCACACCACACCCCCUGACUGUCCUUUUCACUCAUAUGAAGAUUUCCAGAUGCACUGGAAUGACCUGUACGGCUAUAAACUUCCAGAAGAUUGUGGAAAUACUAAAAUAUACUGCAGCAUCUACUUUAAAAUGAUAAGAGGAAAGAUCUUCACAUAUCCUCUCAGCUGCAUCAGAAGUCAGCCCAUACAGUUCUUUCCAAGGGUAGAUUUGGAAGGUGUGUUGAAAAGUUUCAUUUCAGACUUAAAAUCUAAACUGCCUCAUAUCUGUGGCUUUCCCAUAAAGAUGACAACUAAACCAUGCUACUACACACAAGAACUGAUGAAACCUCAUGUACAGGAAAACAAAGUCAAGGCACCUAAUCUGACCACUAAACAAAUGUUCAAGUUCCCUCUGACUCAGGCGCCUUUCACACGACCUGCUCUGGCUGAGAGUCUUCCACCGUGUUCAGUAGUCAUGGACCACAAGGUGGAGCAUUCAGGCAGCCAUCUGAAGAAGCCCUGGGUGUCCUCAACUCUGCACCUCCAGCAAGAAGCUGUCCAGAACAGAAAGAAAUCCGUGUCUGACAAGGCACCCCAAGUACAUUUGGAAGUACCAGAGCCCAACAGAGAAAAGAUUCAAGUUCAAAGCACAAAUUUUAGUUCCCAGAAUAAUAUUGCUCCUCAAUUCAUACCAGUUUUCAAAAAUCAGUCAUUGCAAAUGAACAAAAAUAUCUUAGAACCUGGCAACCUGAAAAGAAAACAGCAUGUUGUUACAGAAUCUAAAUUGUUUUCACUUAAAACUAGCAUGAUGCAAAAUGACAAACUGAAUUUAGAUCCAGCUAUUAGCAAAAGACUUAAUCAUACCAUUCAGAUGAAUGCUAGAAAUUUAAAUCGGAAGACUUCUAGACUACAAGAAAAAAACACUGGGUCCUGUGAAAAUAUGAUAAAAUAUCCCCCUUCUAAUGGAGAAUCAUCAACUGUGAGUUUAAAUGAAAGUAAACACCUGUUUAAUAGUUUAGCAUUUCAGAUGUCAAAUAACAGUUUAGGUGUAACAAACAGUGCUGUUGACUUCCAAGUGAAUGAAAAAGAACAUUUAACAAGCAAAUAUAUAACACAAAUUUUAGGAAAAGGCCACAAGUCACUAAAAAUAAAAAAACAACCGCACAUUUUUGAAUCAGACACAGAAACGGAAGAUCCCCAACUACUACAGCAACAAUCAAUAAAUCAAACUAUGAAAGUUGAUAUAAAUGACCACAAAUUGGUAAGCAAAACAGCCCACAGGUCUAAAAGAAAAUUGUGUCAGGAAUCUUCAAAAACUUCAAAGAGACCUCAUUCCAAUACUAUCCAUUAUGGACAGUCCAGUUUCUCUAGGAACAAGGUACAUGAUGUGGCCAAAUCAAAAGCUCAGAAAUCUCUCAUCCCUAAAGCUUAGAACAUGGAUGUGAAGGAAGGAAAUGUCCACCAGAGAUAACCACUCUGAAUAUGGAUGGACAUUCACACACUCCUAUGAGCAUGGAACCAGG